AGGUCUCGUAAUUUCUUACCCUGACCCCGUGCCUUCUCUUCCGCAAAACCACCUAGAUUCUUUAAAAAAAAAAAAAGAAAAAAAAAAGGAAAAAGUGACUCUCAUGUCACAAGCUCUGCUUCCAUAACAACCAUAACCAUAACAAAUCUUAGCUUCAAUUCAAUUUCUUCAUAGCCAUAACCAUAAUAACAAUAAUGCUUCCACUGCAACUCACCACUCAUCCUCAUACCUCAUCGCUAUUACUGAGCAGCACCAACACUUGUUCCUUCUGUCCCACAUCCCGUUCUCUCUUCAACCUUAAAAACAACAACAAGAAGAAGAAGCUAUACCUUCUUCGGUCCACUAUGGGAACCCUCACUCUUAGGGUUUUCGCGAUGUCUGGUGACUCUGCAUUCAAGAUGAAUCUCAACGAGUACCUCGUCACUCUCGAGAAGCCCCUCGGCAUCCGAUUCGCUCUCACCGCCGACGGCAAAAUCAUCGUCCACUCUCUCACCAAAGGAGGUAAUGCGGAGAGGUCGAGGAUAAUUAUGGUGGGUGAUACUUUGAAGAAAGCUGGCGAUUCGUCUCAGAAUAGUCUCGUCGAGAUUGAAGACGUUGGAGAUACACAGAAGGUGCUAAAGGAGCAAACAAGUUCUUUUAGCUUGGUUCUUGAGAGGCCCACAUCUCCUUUUCCCAUUCAGCUACUCCAUAAGAUGAAUGAUCUUGAAAUAUUGUUUAAUAGAGGUCGAGUUCCUUUUGUAACUUGGAACAAGACAUUAUUGGCAUCAAAUUUACAACCAUCUAGUGAGAGCUCUGGGAAUUCUGGAUUUUUGGUGUUCAAUUCAAAGUUUCUCAAAUUGAAAGGAAGCAAGUUAUUGGGCACUCAAAAUCAACAUGCCAUCACCCACGGGGAGAGACACUUCUUUACUGAACACACAACACAACUUGCUUGUGUUUUUACUGAAGAAGCUUGUGGAGAUGGAGAUUGGGCUCAUGGAAGUUUUCCACUUGAGGAAUAUAUUCAGGCUCUGGAUCGUUCCAAGGAUGAAAUGUACUAUAAUCAUUCCCUUGGUAUGCGCUAUAGUAAGAUUACAGAGCAAAUAUAUGUGGGAUCGUGUAUACAAACAGAAGAUGAUGUGGAAACCUUGUCAGAAGUUGAGGGAGUCACUGCUAUUCUGAACUUCCAAAGUGGAACUGAAGCUGAAAAUUGGGGAAUCAAUGUAAAAUCCAUCAAUGAUUCUUGUCAGAGGAAUAAUAUUCUCAUGAUCAACUAUCCUAUCCGGGAGGGAGAUUCAUAUGAUAUGAGAAAAAAACUCCCAUUUUGUGUGGGGCUUUUAUUACGGUUGCUAAGGAAGAAUCUUCGUGUUUUUGUUACUUGCACUUCUGGAUUUGAUCGGUCUCCUGCUUGUGUAAUUGCAUACCUACAUUGGAUGACAGAUGUUUCCCUUCAUGCAGCCUAUACUUGGGUCACUGGAAUGCACGGGUGCAGGCCUGACAGGCCUGCAAUUGCAUGGGCAACAUGGGAUCUUAUAGCUAUGGUUGAAAGAGGCAAACACGAAGGACCUCCCACACAUGCAAUCACAUUUGUGUGGAAUGGUCAUGAGGGGGAGGAUGUAACUUUGGUGGGAGACUUCACUGGAAAUUGGAAAGAACCACUAAGGGCAAAGUACCAGGGUGGAUCAAGACAUGAAGUAGAAGUUAAACUUCCACAAGGAAAGUAUUACUACAAGUUCAUUGUUAACGGAGAAUGGAAGCAUUCAACUGCUUCACCGGCUGAGAGGGAUGAAAGUGGAAAUGUUAACAAUAUAAUUGUGAUUGGUGAAACUGCCAGCGUCCGGCCUUCUGUUCAGCACCAGCAGAAAGAUGCCAACAUUGUCAAGGUGAUUGAAAGGCCUUUGAACGAAAAAGAGCGGUUUAUGUUGGCAAAAGCAGCUCGUUGCAUUGCUUUCUCUGUCUGUCCUAUCAGAUUAGCUCCCAAAUAGUUGCAUAGAAAUAAAUAUCUUAAUGUACAGAAAUGCUGUUGUUAUACAUGUUAUUGAGGUUAUACAAUUUGGUCACAGUGGUGAAGGCACGCAACAAGAGUAAUCAAUCAUGCCCUGGGGUUUGUCUUGUAAUUUCAUCUGAUGGGUAUAGUGAUGCACUUAGAAUUGGUUUAGAUAUGUUGUUUUAUGAUCAAGAACUAUUCAAGAAAUAAUGCAAU